AUGGACGGGGAUUACAAAAGUGAACAGCCGAAUGUACCCCGACUUUUGCGGGAGGUGGACUUGGAUUUGAAUAACUUACCGUUGAAGGGAAGCGACAAAGACAAGAAAGACAAGAAAGAUAAAAAGGAUAAAACGGAUAAGAAAGAAAAGAAGGAAAAGAAGGAAAGGAAAGAAAAGGGGAAAACAAAAUCUAAGACGAUUAGUCAACAAAUGCCGAGUGAAAAUGUCAACAUGCACAAUUCACAGCGUGCAAAUCUCUCCCUAGGAAAUAAUUGUAAAUUUAUCAGUAGUGAUGCAUCUAGAAUGGCUAAUGAACUGAAUAAAAGUGAAACCAUGGAUAGUAGCUAUUCUCACAGGUAUAAUAUCUGUGCAACCUUUGAUAGUAAGAAUAACGAAAGCGACAGAGAAAAUUCACUUCAGCAUGAUGAUCAGGUUGGUAAAAAUAAUUUUGUCAACCCAACGGUGUGCAAUGUGGAAGGAACGAAGGGGGAAACAGAUUUUAGUGAAGGCUGUAUGAUUCCCAACUUGAAUAAUACAGUGGAAGAUCCUGGCUACACACUUUUGAAUAACUCGCUUGGAGGAAGGAAUAACUUCGUGGAGGAUGUAACUGAGGGAGCGAACGUGAGUAGCAUUAUAAGUGAGUGCUACAGUGGAGGGGUGAAUAGGAGAGGCAGUUCAAUAAAAGCGAUUGAUAAUUGCAACUACGAUGGGUGUGGAGAGCUGUACAGUGGUACGGGAGCUGCUAAUCGCAGCUGCGACCACGUAAGCAGUGUGAACAGCAUGCACAAUUUGAACAGUGCGAACUCUCCGAGUGAACACCCACACAGUGGGUUGAAUUCCUGCUCGAGGAGUGUGUACGAAGGUGUAAGUACGACCAGCAGCAAUGUGAAAUCAUCCUCAUGGAAAAGUAUAGCCCAAAUGGGCAGUACUAAUAUGGUCGGUUUGACCAUCGGGGAGGAGAGUAGCAAUGCGAAUAGUGCACCCAUGAAAGGUGGUAGCUCUAAGAAGAAAACGAAAAAUGUGGAUGAUUUAGCAAAUAAGGAAGUCGCCAUAAAAUCUGAAAAACUAUUUGCAAAUUUGAAAAGAUUAAAUAUGGAUGAAAUGGGAAAGGAUGAUGAUGUGGUGAGGGAGAAGAACACUAUGGAAUUAUUUCAUUAUGAGAAUUUUAGUUUUAAUGAUGAUAUGUGUAAUUUUAUGGGUAGGGGGAAGGAUCAUCAUGAUAAGUCUGUCUCUGACAACUGUGGCACUACUGCUACGGUGGCCACGACGAUGACUGCUAUGAUGACCGGCACGAGCAAUUCUGCCAAAGGCAAUCGCAACAGAAUGAAGAAUAACGUAGGUGUUACUCAAUCAGGGAGUAUUGCUACACCCCUGGGGGAUGAUCUCCACCUUGCCGACGCUAUGAGCAAUAACACAAGCUAUGAGGAUUAUACAAAAAUGUCUGCCAGUGUCAAAAGUAACCCAACGAGCGAUUUGAAAAAGUAUAUGCCAACCCGGAUAAGUAGCAACAGUAAGGAAAGCGGGAAAGGAAGCUUUUACACCCCCUUUUUGAGUAAUGAUAAUCAGCGUGAAAAGGUUUUCAAUGGGGGCGACUCGGAAUGUGCGUCUAAUUAUAUGCCUAAGGAGAAUGUAGAGGAUGGCCCCGACAGUAGUGGCGGGUAUGUCAACGUGAGUAGCGACAGCGGUGUAAUUGAUGAAAAAAAAUUUAAGGGCAAAAAUUUAAUCAAAGGGCAAAUUUUGAACUACGCUAGGCAUGCGCAACAUGCUAAUCAGCAUAGCAGUCAUGCGGUUCAAUCCAACCACGUGAGUUACAACCAGAGCUCGUUCGACACGUCCAAAGUUCCACACCCGAUGGAAGGACAACAAAAGAAGGUAAAAAAAAACCAGAGUGAAGAUUUAAAGUUCAUUAAGAAAGACCGCUUCUUCAUUCGCAGUGGUGAUAGCCUGUUCAAAGGAGAUAUGGAUGACGAGCUUCCCGAAUUGGUGAACAAAAAUUUUAAAGGCACAAACGCGUACGCAGGGCAGAGUGUGCAAAGUGUGAAGCCUGGCUAUAUGGCCACCGACAGCACCAUAUACACGGCCAAUAACGCUGCUAGUAAGAACAAAAAUGGAGGGGAAGAGGAUGAUGAUUUGGACGAGAAUGGCCAUUAUUUUGAUAAUGAAAAUGGGGAUGAUUUGAGCAGACGCUGCGAGGAUGGAGCUACUGGGCUGUUUAACUUCGAAAGCGAGGUGCAUAAAAACUGUGAAAGCGUUAUCGGGCCUUACAAUUACGAUGACGAGAUGCAUCUCAAUUAUGAGGACGACCUGCAACUCAACUAUGACGAUGAUCUGUUCGGUAAGAACACGCUGCACCAGAACACGCUACAUCAAAACACGCUACAUCAAAACACGCUACAUCAAAACACGCUACAUCAGAACACGCUGCAUCAGAACUUGCUGCAUCUGAACGUGAAGCAUGAUGACAUUGGAAAUGCGAGCUAUUUCGAAAAGAGCGCCGAUUUUGAAGGGAACGUGGCGCAACUACAGAAAGAUCUAGAUUUUUCUGUCAACCUAAGCAGCAUGAGUAAAAAUAUGUCCUUCCUAAACUUUGACGACUCGGAAGAAAAAGAAUGGAAGUACGAACAGAUGAAUGAAAUAUUUUCCCCUAAGGGGAAUCCCCACUUGGGUAUUGACGACCAGCACUCAUUUUAUGGAAAAGGCACGUUAAGAAGUUCCUUUCAUUUUAACCAUGGUAGCAGUAGCAGCGGUUACAAUCUCGGUGCAGACAGAAGCUUUGGACAUAGUGCUUGUAGUACCUCUUUUCCUAGCCCCAUUUAUAGUGCACCCAGAAAUUUUGACGAAAAGUCAAGUUUUUCCUCAACGGUUCAGAGUAGCAAUCAAUACAAUGAUGAUGUGAAAAAAAAUAUAAACAAUAAUAAUAUGCUCUUUGUGAAUAACAGUAAUUUAAGUAUAAAUUGGGGGAAUGCCCAUUCUGGGAAACUUGAAAAGUGUGCAAAUGAGGAAAGCGCAUGCGGUAGAAAUAAUGACACCAUUUAUAGCAACUUAAAUAGCGAAGAAAAUAAUGUCUGUAAUAAUGACCACACACUUAUGGAUGACAAUCAUUUAGGGAUUACCCAUAACGAUCAUUCACUUGAGAAUAAUACCACCAGCUUGGGAAGCAGCAAGAACCUAAUGCAUAACGUUUGUAUGAAUACGAAUUGUGCUAGCGCGAGUGAUAGCAUCUUUGCGUGUAGCAAAAGUAAAGGUGCACAGAGAAGAAAUGACCUAGAUGAUGAAGUUGGUUCAGCUUUGCAUACCGAUGGAGAGCAUAUAGGGAAGAAGCACUCUCGUGGCAGUUAUUCCAACGCGAUGACGAAAAAAGGCGCAGAGUUGGUCGGCACAAAGUGCGGGACAGUACAUUCCUCUGGUUUAAGCGGAAAAGGUAGUAUGAAUAAGCAAAGGGUCGAUGAUAGCACUUUGGAAGACAGAACCAAAAGGGGGGAUAGCAAUACCAAAGGAAAGGAAGAGACCAGCCCGGAUGACCAUAUCAGCGGUGAUGCUACAGGCGAGUCCGUUACGGGGAAGUGUGGAAAAAAUUGCAACAACGGUAGUAGUAACAACAAGAGCAGCGUCAAAGGGGUCGGAAUAGUGCAAAAGAGUCGGCCUAGGGAAAGCACAACGGAUCAGAAAAGCGUGCGAAAAAUUAGCGCAAAUGAUCAGAGUAUCAGCAUAAGUAGCAGCGAAAAUGUGCAACUAAAGAAUGCCAGUAAUUUUAGCAACGACAGCACUAAUAGCACCACCAGCAGCAGGAGCGACGGAAGCAACAGGAGCAACCGAAGCAACAGGAGCAACCGAACUUGUAGGAACGAUCCCAGCGAUAGUAAUGGCGGAAACCAAAACAGUAUUAACCCCGUCGCGAGUGAGAUGAACACAAAUGACAGUCAAAACAACGGCUUGGUGAACGCAGAAUAUAGGAACAAGCUUAUUUUGCCAGAGUACAACUCGGAGCCGUUGAGUUAUGAACACAUCAAAAGUGACAACUGCUCGUUCAAAAGCGAAAUAGGAACAAAUGACAAGUCGAAAAGUAGUGCCUUCUUAAAUUUCGCCUCCACAAAUUUGGCUAGUACCAAUUCAAAUGACGGCACAGAUAACGUCUUUAUGAAUAGUAUAUUUAACGUACAUGGAAAGGACAAAAAUCAUGUGAGGAAAUACUUCCAAUCGGGGAUGAACGACGGUAGUAGAAAUAUUAGCAGUAGUAAGUAUGAUAACAAUAAUUUAAUAGUUAACCGGAAUAGCUUUAAUUCGUACGCAGGUGCAAGUGAUCUGAAUAGUGUCAACGCCAUGAAUUUAAAUCGCACAUUUUUGAAUCCGUCUACUUGUAACAACCCUGUGUAUCAUGCAAGUAAUGAGAAGAAGGAGUCCUUUUUCCUACCCAUUACUAACAACCCGUUAGAAAAUGCUCAAAGAAUAAAUUUGUUGACAUCUGAAAAGGGAAAAAACGAUAUGGGUGGUGGUAGUCCCCUUUUUAGCUUUAACAAACAGAAUGUAAGAAGUGACUACCCUGUAAAGAAUGACAACUUCGGGGCCAUUCAUGGUAGUAUGAGUAGCAAAGCGAAAGACGAUAUGUUUCAUCUGAGCGGUAAGGUGAACAACUUUGGUGUGAAUAACCAAUCGGGUAUGUACCACCAUCCAAUGGAUUCAGGCGAAAAUGUGUAUCGCUGCAUGAGUGAUCAAAACGUCUAUUUUGAUAUGAACAAGCAGCAGAAUGGCAUUUAUAAAAAUGGGACGAAUCUGGAAAACCUCGUUGAUCAGGUGAAUGACCCUAAUGGCAGAUGCUUCUAUGGCAACAUAAAAAACCUUCACGGGGAUGACAACACCACCAAUGUGAACCUCAUCGGGAAAGAUGAAUACAUGUUUAGAAAUAUUGAGGAGGAUAUAUAUAACGAGUUGAACCAAGUGCAAGAGGGCGAACUGAAGUAUGGCCCCUUGAACAGUACGCUGCACAGCGGAGCUAGCAUCGGAGUAGGCAUGAUCCCCCCCGCCAUAGGCCCCACAAACUGCCCCAACAAUAAUACGAACAUCUGCGAUAACCUAGUGGACAGCGAUCACUUGAAUAACUUAGCCGAUAGCAUGAACCGAUUCGAAAACGAUGUCGAUUUUAUACUGGACGAAAAUGAAGACUUCGAGGAUCAUUCAAAAUCGACCGUCAAAAAUGACAAAAUUAUAGAACUGCAAAACAUUAUAAACAGUCUCAAGUUUAAGAACAAGCAGCUGGAAAAGGAACUGACGGAAGUGAAAAAUAUGCAACUGAAGAAAAAACAAAAUCUGAUAUUAAAUAGUCUAAGUAAUAAAAAUGACGAAAUUAGUAACUACUCAACUUAUAAAGACGAUACGAAUAACUCAGAUUGUGGAAGUGCAGAGAAUUCGAAUAGGUACAUUCAGAAUAUUUUAAAUGAUAAGGAGAAAUACAAUUACGACACGAAGAUUUCCAUACAAAAAUUUCAUUUGGCCUAUACAAAUAAUUCCAUUGGGAAAUUAAAAAUAGCUGCUCAGAGAGACAUUAGUGGCUCCUUUAUGGGUCCCAAGGGUAUACACGUGAAAACGAUUAAAUCGUCUCUUCACAUUUCAGUAUACAAAAGUGCAAAGGAUGUUUGGUUUCCAGGAUUUGCUGACAGUCAUGUAUUUUUAUUAAAAGGAAAUAUUUUUGGUAUUUUAAGAGCAUGUCAAUUGCUAUACCAUUAUGUGAACUCCAAAAUGUCUUCUUCCAAAUGUUGCAUAUAUUUGGUCGCUCCGUUUGAGUGUGUGCAGAAGUUAUUGGCUGAUGGGUGCAAGAGAAUGGCAAUAAUUAAGGAGGAGUGUGGGGCGGACGUCCGAUUGGGCAAUUUAUACGUACAGGUGCAUGAAGGCUUUACGGAGCGCUUAAUGGAGAUACGGGGAAAUGAGGUCAGUGUAGACUGCGCGCUGGAGAAGCUAGUCAUUUUUAUGCAGUCCUGCUUUUCGGUGCAGUCCUACGACUACGAGUUGCUGAAGUACCCUUGCCGGUCGGUGCUGAAUUUGCAGUGA